AAAAAAAAAGAAAAUUCUUUAAUAUAAUAUAAAAUUCGCCGUGAAAGGAUCAAUUCAAAAAUUAUUGGAAAACAUGGAUUGUGGGUAUCGCAAUUACAUGGACGAGAUGCUCCAGAUACUUAACGAAAUCGAAUGCAGACAACCAGAACCGGAAAUAUGCAACGUCAGAUGCCCACCGUUCGGCUGUCCACGAGGGCCUUGUCCAGGGAUAUGUUGCUAUCAAGGCUUGUGCGAUGCUUGCUCCACGUCGAAAAUGCCCUGUGAUCCACCACCCCCUCAGCCACCCAAGUGUCGGGCACCGCCCGUAUGUUGCCUAAGAAAUUACGCCAGGGCGGUCGGCUAUCCUCCAGAAUCUCCCCUCUCCCCUGUCAGCGCCCGAUUGCGUUCCAAAUAUUGCAUGGAAAUAUUGGCAAAUAUCUGUCGUCCCCCAUACUGUACCACUGUGCCAAUUUGUCCGUCACCCUGUUCCACAGUCCCGACCUCCAACUGCCCUUAUCCGUGCUAUUGAUUAAUUAUUAUCCAUUGGUUCUUGAGAAUUUUUUGAAAAUUGUUUUUUUUUUUAUGAAACGUAUAAAGGAAAAUUGUCGUAUAAAUUUCAAAUUGUUAAUUACGUUCAUUGUCAAAGAUAAAGAUUGUAUAUUUACCUUUUUUAAAAAGAUAAACGUAUAAUAAUAAUUUGCAUGUUAAAAAUGAACUUUUUCUCCGGAAAUAUAAGGAAAUAUGGUAUUCCAAAUGUUGUAUAUUUUUUUCAUAAAGGGUUAAGAGUGAAAUUACGAUAGAUAUAUAGAUCGUU